GAGUCACCGUAAACGGCAUGAAUGCUGCUUCAUGUUCAGCCUGCUCCGGACUCGGCGAAUCCUUCGUUGCGCAGGACGCGUGCUGGACCCGGAAGCCCUCCUAUUAUCCGUUUUAAAACAUCAGUCUACCUCUCUCCCUAACAACAACAGUCUUCCACUCCACGGUUUGCCAGAUCUCAGAGAACCAGCACAAGAUGGAAUCCCAACCGCCAAUUCUGAUGCGCAAGGUGAGAGCUGUGGAGCUCCCUCUUCUGAAGACUACAGAAUCUUUUUCGAUUGCUUACAAAGCAAGAAGGAGACGUCAGCAGAUUCUUCAUUUCACCAGUCUCCUAAGCCAACUCAAAACUUUCCAGCGGUGGUGUCCCAGUUAAAUUUGGAGCCCUUGAGGUGCUCUCCUUCACAGGGAGACGCGCACAGAACAUCGCAGAGUGCCGGAUGUGACGACUUGUGUUUCACUCUAGCGGCCGCUGAAGCAGACCCCAACGUCACUUUUCCAGAAAUUUUGACGCUAUGGGAGAGCUUUGUAGAGGGAUAUGGGGCGUACUACGCGGAGCAGCUUUCUCCCGAUCUACGCCGCCGCGAAGCUGCGCUGCUCAAUUACAAGCUCGAGGAUCCCGUGCUGGGGCAGUUGGCGGCGAUGAAAGGUGGAUCGCAGUCACGCAAAAAGACACCUAAGUAUAUUGCGGACGUUCUCCAGCUAGAUACACAAGAAAGUGCACGUUCUCAUCCAACAAAUUACGCGAUGGAAGGGGGACCCUCAUCAACUCCGUUUGCGUGUUAUGGCCUCCUUCACUUCUCCGCCGAGCUGGGGGACGUCGACUACCUCCACUCCCUCUUCCAUCGAUUUCCGCACGGGUUUCCUCUCCGCUGGCUCUCUACCCCAUCCGGCUUUGACCGAGAUGACCGCUUUGGGGACGGCGGGCUUUUCGGAGAGGCGAGGACGUCGAGCAACUUUGGUGUGACGGGCUGCACGACGUCUGACUCCGCGCAUCAAACGCAUCAGACGCAGGGGCGACGGACAGAGUUGCGUUCGUUUGCGCAGAUAGCCGCGUACUGCCCGGACCACCUGGGUCUCUACCUGAGCCACCUGGCCGGGAUGAGUGGCCACAUCGCUUACAUCGCGUUUCUCAUCAGCGUGCUUGGUGCGGACUUCGUGCUUCGGGAACAGCGGUGCGUGCCACCUAUUUCCACUGCCUACACGUGGGGAAUACAGCGGUAUAUGAGCGACCUAAACGCAACGCAGUGCGCCGUGGCCGGUCAGCAAGUUGCACUGCUGGAGUGGAUCGAGAAGGAACACCCUCACGCGUUACAGAAAUUGCACGCCAGAAAAACAUUGGAUGCACUGAUGAUUGCCGCAAUGUCGAAGGACGACAGCACCGACAUCUUGGACUUUUUUCUCUCGCGCGACAUGCCGCCCAUCAGAUCCCUUCUCACGGUGGAAACAACAUCUGCCUCCGCUGAGCGCGUGGGCAUGCAUCGCGGCGUUGCUGGGGUUGGCAACCAAGACUUGCAGAAUUCAGGUAUUCUGCGCCUCCUAUUCGCUGCAGCGGAGGUGGGGAACGCUGGUGUGCUUCGGUGGUUUAACGGAGUGCUAGGCAAGACAGACGUGCGGCAGCUGUGCGACUCACACGGUGCGACCAUCCUGCAUCAUUGCGCGCGGGGCCGCAACGCUCCUCUCCUGGAAACGCUGCUGCCGGCUUCCGUGGAGGACGGCGGCGCCGCAUCGAAAACAGGCGAGCUUUUCUGGAGGCCACUGGAUCCGCUCUGGGUCGAUGUCGAGGACGAUCAAGGUCUCACGCCUGCCACGUGGUGCGUGAUGAGCGCGAGGCGGAGCAAAGACGCAGUUGAUACUCUCGAAGUACUGCGCAAAGCGGGUUCAAACUGGCCGCGACAGCGGCAAAACGGCGUCUCUUUGUUGGACGUCGCAACGCGGUUUGUGUCGAGGCAUUCAAAGCUCGCCCGGUACAUUACAAUGCACAUCCAACCUCCCGGUAGGUCUACCGCUCCUCCGCCACCGUAA